UUGCUACCACCGGCUCACUCUUCGGUGUGAGGAAGGUGCUUUUGUAAAUGGCUUACCACGCUUGACGUUUUGAAAUUGGUCCUAAUUUUGAAAGCGUAAUUGGUCUGGUCUUUAUUCUAAUGGGGCUUGGGAUUGGUCCUUAUCCAGGCUUUGGGCUUAACCAAUGUAACAACCCAUCCUGCAUGGAUGAAAAAUUAGAUUUAUGAGUUCUUUAUAAGCUCAAAGUUGUGGGUUACCAAUAACUUCCACCAUGGUUUUCGGUUGAUUAGGAGGUUAUUGGGCCAACUUGUUGCUUCGGGCUAUCGGAAUUACAACCAACCCUUGACUCAGUUAGUAACCAGGCUAUGGCCUAUGGAUGUUAAGUGUUAACUGGUCGGGCAUAAACUUUAUAGGAUGAAAAACAGACAUCCUUGUCGAGCUCGACUUUUUAGGCCCAGACUUGGACUUGACUUAUGACUGAUCCUGGAUCAUGCGUGCUUUCUGCAUCUCUAUUAAAUCUGGAGGACAAUUGCAUCAGAUUUUAGUUAGAAUAGUGCUUCAAGAAGGGAUCUCUAUGAACAAUUUUACAGAAGAGUGUUUAUAGAUGUCAUUGUUAACAGAAUAUUGUAAUUGUUAUGCACAGUGGGUUCGGUUUUGGCACUAUCUGCAGGCUACAUCAGUGAAGCAACCUAUCUGUUUUACUGGUAUGGGUGCCAUGUAUUUGUGCAUCACUAUCUGGGGUGCUAAUUGGAAAAUGCAGCUGAGACUGUUAUUCAUUUGUCAACAUUAUAAGGAUCCCAAGACUAACUCUGCAACAAUUAGGAAGCCUUGGUAUCAAAGAGCAAUGGAGAUCGCCAGUCUCUGGAAAAUCACCUAUCCGACUUCUACUCCACCGCCUAACCCGACCUUAAGGAAGACUCUUUCCACGUCCACCAAGGUUUCUGCUACAAGAAACACCACCCCCAAUAGACAAAAACUUCGGAAAUCAACUUCUUUGAAAGUUGCCACUUCAUUUACCCGUGUUUGCCUAUGCGUGCCGAUAUCUUCCUACACAGAGGUUUUCCAAGCCGACGUGCCCCCGAGAAGAAGUAACACGUACCCGAGAUCAAAACCGUUUCCAAGCUGUAUUCAAGAACGGCCGACUGCGAGAAUGAGCAUGGAGGGAAGGAGGAUAUUUAGGGGGAAAUCUUUGACGGAUGACGUUUUGAUGAGGAGAUUUGUGGUCGAAGAGGAAGCGAUGAUGCAAGUUAGGAGGCGAAACGAAAUGGAAGUGAUAAGGAAGAGACAUGCCAAAAGAAGGAGAAGGCUUGGUCCAAGCCCUUUAAGUAGAAUGGUUUUGGCAGAAGAAGAGGAAUUCUAAGGUGCAAUAGCUCUUAAUCAGAUUUGCUUCUGAAUCUUAAAGUUUUCAUUCAGUGGAUGCCUUUGGCUUGUAAAAUUGCAAUAUUUGUUUGCUUGCAACUUGAAUUGCUUUCAGACCCACCAAAAAGAAGUUGAAUUAUGGUCCACAAAGAUUUGGGUUAUACGGGGCUCUUCCACCAUCAUGGUAUCUUGUCGACCAUGUUAUAUUUCUGUCUUCAUUAUACCGGUCCUGGUACGUACCAUUAUGAGCGAAUCUCAAUUCUAUUCAUGAUGCAAAGUUAACCGUAUUACCCAUUGGGAUAAAGCGCAUGUUAUAAUUGACUGCCUCACUCC